GAAAACACAAAUGCAUUGAUAUCUAAGGAAGCAAAGUUAUCCAAUAUAGUCUACAAUCAUCAUGCUCAGUUAUGCACAAGUAGUCAUUGCAGGUCUUGCAGUGCUUAUCCUCUUCCUUUUUCAUUGCUAUCAGAGACGAUGCUACAAAGAUCCCCUCCUUAAAAACUGGCCUAUAGUGGGAAUGCUACCAACAGGUCUCAGCAAUUUAGGUCAGAUUCAUGACUAUAUAACUCAGGCUCUUCAAAGAAAAGAGGGUACAGGGAGCUUCGUUGGACCUUGGUUUACUGGAAUGAACGGUUUGGUGACUUGCGACCCCAUGAACGUACAUCACAUGAUGAGUAAGAAUUUCGCCAACUACAAAAAAGGUCCAGAAUUUCAUGAGAUUUUUGAACCUUUCGGGGAAGGGAUUUUCACUGCAGAUUCAGACACAUGGAAGUAUCACAGGGCACUUCUCCAUUCCUUGUUUAAAACCCCAAGCUUCGAGAAGUUUCUGGAAAAGAUCGUUCGAGAGAAGGUGGAUUUCUGUCUUUCUCCUCUUCUUGAUCACCUAGAAAGGCAGGGAAUUGAAGUGGAUCUGCAAGACGUGUUUAAUCGCUUCAAUUUUGAUAUUAUUUGCUCCGUGGUCUUAGGAUCUGACCCCAAAAGCCUUGCGGUUGAUUUCCCAAAAGUUGCAUGUGAGAGAGCUUUCAAUGAGGCUGAGGAGUUUAUAUUCUACAGAUACUCGGUACCUAGAUGCAUCUGGAAACUUCAGAGAUGGCUUCGAGUUGGAGCAGAGAAGAAGAUGGCUGAAGCAUGUCAAUUGUUUGACCAAUUCCUCUAUGAAAGUAUAGCAUCAAAGAGAGAAGAGCUUAGCAAAAACAAUGAAAUGAAGGAAACAGACGAGGACUUGCUGACAACUUUGAUGAGGGAGGAACAAGGUAAAGAACAUGUGAAUGACAAGUUUCUAAGAGACACUGCUUUUAAUCUUUUUGUCGCAGGUAGAGACACCAUAACUUCAGCUCUCACGUGGUUCUUUUGGCUUGUCGCUACACACCCUUCAGUGGAAGCCAAGAUUCUUGAAGAAAUCAAAGAAGAAAAGGAAAUGAAAAAUCAAGUGUAUCUCCACGGUGCUCUGUGUGAAUCUCUGAGACUGUUCCCUCCAAUACCUUUUGAGCACAAGCAAGCGACCAAACACGACUCACUUCCUAGUGGACAUGAGGUUUAUCCUGGUACUAUGAUAUUUUUAUCUUUGUACGCAAUGGGAAGAUGUGAGAAAAUAUGGGGAAAAGAUUGCUUGCAAUUCAAACCAGAGAGGUGGAUCUCAGAAAGAGGACGCGUCGUUCACAUACCUUCAUACAAGUUCACUAGUUUCAAUGCCGGACCAAGAACUUGUUUGGGUAAGGACUUGUCUUUCAUUCAAAUGAAGAUAAUGGCAACUUUUAUUUUGAAGAAUUAUCAAGUUCAUGUGGUGAAAGAUCAUCCCGUUUCUCCAGCACUUUCAAUAGUGCUUCUGAUGAAGUGUGGUCUCAAAGUUCGGAUCAUGUCAAGGUGCUGAUUAUUUUCCUGGGUUCAAUCUUUUUAUUUUAUGUAUAAUUGUGAAAUAACUCAUUAAACAGCGCUAAAACAAUGAACUUUAACUAUGUUAUGAGAUUGAUCAGUGGUAAAAUUAUUCA